UCUGGAGCUCAAAACGCGUCUGGAGUUUUGGCCGCCUCCACCGGUCUUCUGGCCCACUGUGGGGCUCGGAGAGGGGGGAGGGGCCCGGGACGGGCUUGGGGUUGAUAGCACCGACAACACCCGGCGCUGCGAGGACCCUGCCUGACCGUACUCCGGCACCGCCAGCACCGGGACCAAAACAGGCGAGUCCAAUAAGCGACGCGAUGGCGGCAACGACCGGGACCGAGGCACCGAGGAGCCGAAGGCACAGGGGUGAACGGACAGGAGGGCAUCCCGAACAUCCCGAAACGGCAAACGACACAGUGUGAUGGAGAGCCGAGCCUUGGCGAGGAGAAGGGUCUCCAGGCCAGGCCGCCACCGCCAACCCCGACACGGCACGUCGGCCACGCCCGCCACGCCCCACCAGGCCCACCAGGCCACGCGCAGCCACGGCCGCGGCGUCGUGCUGGAUCCUCCGGGCGGACUCCAGUCAGUCUCCGAGACGCACACCUCCAGCUCGCACGCCCCGCCGCCCCGGGCCCCACCGCAUCGCCGACAUGGCCAACGCCGCCGUCCUGCUCGCCUGCGCCCUGGCGCUGGCCUCCGCCUCAGCCCAGAGGCCGUCCCCCAUCACCGCUGACGAGGCCGGCCCGGGUCCCGCCGGCGUCGCCUCGCCUCAGCCAGUGCGUCGAGCUACGCCCUCUCCGGACGCCGCCGCCCCCGCCGCCCCUGCCGCCGCCGCCGCCCCCGCCCCGGAGCAGCAGCGCCCCGGGUGCUCCCUGGGGGGCUUCCACGCCGUGGGCGACUCCUGGCACACCAGCGGCCGCGACGGCUGCCUCAAGUACACCUGCCAGAAGAGCGGCGUGGCCAGCUCGCAGCCGUGCCCCCGCGUCCUGGCGCCGGAGGGCUGCUCCGUGAAGGAGGGCGACGUGGACGCCAUGUUCCCGGCCUGCUGCCCGCAGCGCGAGUGCAGCCCCGGCGUCCCCGUGCCGCCCGUCCCCGCCCCCGCCCCCGAAGCCUCCGGCGCGGUGCCCCUGCCGGCUGUCCUGUCCACCACCGCCGCCCCCAGCAGCAGCAGCAGCGAAGCGCCGAGCUCCACGACGCCGUCCUCGGCGUAGUAGCACCACCACUAGACCACCACCUCCGCAUGUCUGCUGCACCAUGUAUACCUGACUAAGUUAAUAAAUAAAGCGACCAACCAGCCCCUC